AUAUUUCAGAAUUAUUUCGUAUUAUUAACCUCAUGCAAAUAAUAUCUUAGGAGUCAAAUUUUUGGUUCGACAAAUUUCACGCACCCUUUAUGCACGGCCCCUUCGCACAAGUUCAGUCAGAUCUCCAACCCGCGAGACAGCUGACAAAAUAAACUCAAUUUUCCAAGUCCCACAAAAUGCUAAAGUAAACAAAUACAAAUAUUAAACUCAACAUCGUUAAUUAAUUAAAACUACCAAUUAAUUAAACUUUACCAUGGAUAAUCCUAACCCUGUCCAUAACCCUUGCUUAUUGUGCCGCACCCCGUGUCACAAAUCUGUUCUCGAUGUCGACCCGGUCGCCGAGGAUGGAAUCCAUGUUAUCUUUUUGUUAAGCAAAAUCCUCCAAUUUCCGGCGGACCGGUGUUCCUCGCUCUUAUCGAGACACGGCCGCCCCUCCGAGUGGAUGGUCCUUUGCGACACGUGCAACGCCCUGGUCUCGCAGGGCAUCGCCUUGUUCGUCGAAAUGGAGAAACUUCGCGUCAAAUUCGACCAGGUUCGGGAUAUUCUCAGAAAUCAGGUCGUUAUCAAUGACGACGACAACGACGAGGUCGAAAUUGGACCAGACAACGGCAGCAAUAAAGGAGCGAAAGAAGUUCGGGCUUAUUUGAAAGCGACUAAUUUUAAGAGGGAGCCAGGUCGUGCUAAUUGUGACCCUGGAACGACCUUGACUCACACUGACAUAGCCGCAGCGGCGAGAAAAGUUAAUGAAAUGGUGAGGAAAGAAUCCGAAACUAUGAUUAAGCUGGAAGAGGCUAAUGAGCUCACCGACAUUAUUUGCAUGCCGGAUAUCGAUCCCGUCCUAAAUUAUGAGGAUGUUAAUCUGCUCGGCGAAGAAAUUCUUCCUGAUGGCGACACUGCAGAUACAAAUUUUGGACUGGAUGAUAAUUAUAACGAUGUCGAUGAUCCCCUCAAAAUUAAAUCUGAGCAGGAUUCCAGCUCGGAACUGGGAGACGAUGUAAAUUUUGGUGAAAACAUGGACACAGAAAACGGUGACAAUUCUUGGCGUGACGAUGGCGUCCGUACUCCAAACGACAAGAUCGAAACUCGUCCCGCUUCUUCCGCCACGCGCACCUACCCCCAUCUUCCCCCCGCCACCCCAUCUUGGACCUGGGCUGACUUCGCCACCUGGCAAGCAAACCUCAACUGCCAACUCUUCGGUACCACAUCUACCCGCUCUGCACGAAACGUGGUCCCCCCACUCACCUGGCUUGCCAAAAAAUACAACUUUUCCUCCUUCCCCUGCCCCCACUGCCCCCGCCUCUGUGCCACCGUUAACACGUACAUGAAGCACACAGCCGUCUGCCUACGCCUCCAGCAACAAAAAACCGACCAACCCGCCCACCAAUGCCCCCACUGCCCGCAGAAAUUCAUGGAACCUGGAAUCCUACAACGACACAUAAUCAGCACCCACCUCCCCCCAGAAUCCGUCUCGUGUCCCGGGUGCGGUCUCCCCUUCCCGGAUCCGAGCGCCUUUAAUCGCCACAUUUCCCAAACUCCAACCUGCUUCAAAAGCGCGAUUCCUUGCCCGACAUGUUCCCACGGUUUAAAAUUCUUCCAAUCUCCACGUGCUCUAGAGGUCCACGUGGCCACGAAACAUUCAGACAUUCGUCCCUAUCAGUGCCCCCAUUGCCAGCAGAGUUUUGCAUACGCAUGCGCGAAAAAGCAACACAUGUCCACCUGUCACCGACCGGAUGGCGCAGAAGAUAUCGCGGUGUGUGAAAUCUGUGGCGCCAGAGUCUCCGCGCGCUCGGCGGGGCUGGCGAAGCACAUAAAAACCGUGCAUGACAGCAGGAAGCCCGGCGCGAAGAGGUACAAAUGUGACAUCUGCGGGAAGGAGAUGAUUUCAAACUGGAAGUUAAACAAGCAUCGAGAGAUUCAUAUUAAACCCGAAGACGCCCCGCAUUUGUGCACCCUGUGUGGGAAGAGGUUUCGAUUAAAGGACUAUUUGAGGAUUCAUAUGAGGUCGCAUGAUCCCGAAAGGAGGGGACAGUACAAGAGGAGGAGGAAGGCAGAUCCGGAAAGGAGAGGGGCUGCCGGGGCGAAAAUUGGGAGGCCGCCGGUAUUAGAUAAGACGAGCAAGGGUCACGAUGGAGGUGAAAGUUAGGGAAAUUAUUAAUGUUUAAAUUCAUAUAAGUUUGUAAAAGUUUCCAUGGUAUGGUAAUUAUUGGUAACGGAGAUACAUAUUUAACGUGGAAUUUUAUGUAAUAAAUCUUAGAUUUAAAAUCUAUGUACAUAUAAGGAAUUCCAAGAAUUCAUUUGGUACCUUGUAAAAUAAUUUUAUAAACUCUCACAAAGACGACGCCUUUGAUCUGACAAUGGAGUUUACAAAAAUUAGUAAGCUAAUUUCCCUGCAAAAUAUUUGUAAAAUUCUGUAAAAGUUUGUAAGUUUAAAGAAAUUUAAACAAUGUUAUCAGGGACUGGGUGAAUUUUUGUCCAUAUAAUUUACAGCAAAAUAUGAAAAUAUUGUUUUCACGGCAUGUCUGUCAUCUUUGUGAAGAAACAUUUAUAAAUCUGUUAGUAAAAAAUCUGAAAUCAGCAAAA